UUUAUUAUUUGAUGGUGACGUCAAAAACUUAGAAUGAAAAAUAGAAAAAGAAAUAUACUUUUUCUGCUUAUACAUAAUUAAGUUAAUAAAAAUAACGUAUUGCCACAGCGUACUGCUAGGCUAGGCACUGUAACAAGAAUUGUCGUUGAGUUGUGAAUGCUGUGAUAGAAACUGGAAACCAUGGAUCCUUUCAUCAUUGCUGCUAUUAUUAGUGCUAUAGUGAUUGCUUUACUUUCUGUUGCAUUUCUCAGAGUAGGAUCACAAGUGAAGCCACAAGCUGGAGCAAGGCCAAGGGCUGUAGCGCAAAGGGAUGGAGGUCCUGGCAGAGUACAAGCUGUGAGGAAUCAAAGAGCACGGAUGAGAGCCAAUGCAGCCAGACAUCAAGCUGCUCUCGUUGAAGAGGAUCCAGACUUAGUUGAAGAAGCUGAGGAAGAUAUUAUUCCUGACACCACCCAAAAAGUGGACUUUGAUGACAAAAUGGGGGCUAAGAAAAGAGCAAAAUUGGAAGCAAAGUUGGAGAAGAAAAAGGCAAGAGAAGCAGAGGAACAAAUGAGAGAGAUUAAAAAGAAGAAAGAUGAGGAGCUUGAGGUAGAAAGGAAGAAAUUAGAGGAGAAACAAGAGGAAGAGGAACGACUUCGCGAAGAAACCGAACGUAAAGCAGAGGAAGAACGUAAGAGGCGAGAACAGGAAGAGUAUGAAGCUUUGAAGGCAGCUUUCACUGUCGACAGUGAGGGCUAUGAGGAAAAUGAAGAACAGGACAAGGAGAGUCUACUGCGGGACUUCAUUGAUUAUAUCAAGGCUCAAAAAGUAGUGUUAUUAGAAGAUCUGGCAGCUCAUUUCAAGCUGAAAACCCAAGCAGCUAUAGACCGGAUCACAGACUUGCAAGCUUCAGGAGAAUUGACUGGAGUCAUUGACGAUCGGGGAAAGUUCAUUUACAUUUCACAAAAGGAGCUAGAGGAUGUCGCAAAGUUCAUCAAGCAGCGAGGAAGGGUAUCCAUUACAGACCUGGCUGAAAGUAGCAAUGAAUUGAUCAAUCUCACACCAAUGACAGUUUAGUUCCAACUGUCAUGUUUGUUAUGUUAUUCUGCCAUAACUUUGAUAAAUAUUGGUAUCAUUAAGAUGGUAAAAAUGGGGCAGUUUUAUGCCAAUACAUAAAAAAUUAUGACAGCUUUGCAUUAAGUACCUGAUACAAGUUUUAUGUUGAAGCUUAGGCAUGUUGUAUAACAAGAAACUGUUAUUUUUGAUAAGUCAAACUUCUAAAUAUGAAUGUAAAAUAAAAGAUAAUGUUAUUACAUA